AAAGAUGGCUGCUCCGGCGGUGGUGAGGAGCUCCGGGCCGCCGCUGUGCCCCAGCUUCGCGGAGGUGUGCUCGUUCCUGGAGCGGUUCGGCGCCGCGCUGGACCUGCCGGCGCUGACGCUGCCGCAGCUGGAGCGGUACCUGCGGGACACGGCGGCAGUCCCUAAACCUCUCGUGGAGCUCCAUGUGAAGCUGCUCAGAAAACUGGGGAAGUCUGUGACCACUGAUCGCUGGGAAAAGUACCUGGCUAAGGUUUGCCAGGAGCUGAACAGUACAUGGGCCUGGGAGCUGGAGCAGAAAGGUUACCAAGAGAUGUCCAUGGAGUGCAAGUCGAGCAUCCUGAAAUAUCUUUGCGAGUGCCAGUUUGAUGAAAACCUGAAGUUCAAGAUGGUGGUCAACGAGGAGGACCCGGAGAAGAUGCGCCUGCACCCUGUCGGCCGGGACCGACAGGGCUUGAUGUACUGGCUUCAGCUGGACCGGGAGCAGAACAUCCGACUGUACACCGAGGAGCAGGACGAUCUGGACGGCUCCACUUGGAAGUGCAUCGUCAGGACUCGGAACGACUUGGCUGAGGCUCUGGACCUGCUGAAAACUCAGAUUGAACCAAACCAGAACCAGGACCAGGACCAGAAUCCAGCUGGAUCCAGGAGCACCAGCCCUGUAGAGAAAGACACAGGUGAUGAAGCCGAACUCUCCAAAACUACAGAGGAACAAACUGACAGUACGAGCGUCGACCUUGUGAAGGAAAAGAAAACCAUAAAACAAGAGCUAAAACAGGUGGAAAUGCAGCCGGUCGAGCAGGAAAACGACAAACCUGAGGUGAAGGAAGAGAAAACGAACCACAGCACGUCUGCCUUUGACAACCGCGUGAGCACGAUCACCACCGUCAAACCGGAACCCAAGGACGCGGACGCCCUGAAGAACGCCGUGUCUGUCGUCAUGGCGCCCACUGUGAAUUUGAAUAAAGUAAACCCGGAAGAUGAAGCAGAGCGGGCGGUUGUCAGGAGCAACCAGCAGGCCAAGAUACCCCUGAAGAAGCGGGACCUGAAGCUGGGGGGCAGCUUCCACAGCAACCACCUCAACAACAGCAACAGCAGGAGCAUCAUCGUCUGCAACCCCUCGGUGAUCCAGAGCAAGGACGGCUGUGGCAGAGACGGGAAGAUGCUCAACUCUCUAGCCCCCCCUGGUGGUCCGGCCGCUUCCCUGCCACCGCCUGCAGUCACGGUAACCAAGCUGGAGCUGCCCAAUGGCAGAGCAUCCGUCUUCCUGCCUCACAAAGAGGGUCAGAACGGUGUCAUCGGCAUUGUGGGUCAAUCUGGGGUUGUUGGCCACGUGGGGGUCAUCCGUAGCCCCCCCGAGCAUCACAAAACACCUGGUGCCGAGCAGCAGGAGCAAAACGGGCCGAGUUCGGAGCUCUGCAGGGCUGUGAAGGAGGAAAAGGAAGUGAGCCGGCAGUCGGUUUUGGUGACAAAGGGACUCGGUGAGAAGGAGACGGCACCCGCCGCAGCCGCUCUCCCUCCCCAGGCCGGGACGGAGGCUCAGACGCCCAAACAGCCCCCGCUGCCCGCCAUAAAACCCGAGGAGCUCCCGCUCCCAGACAGCACGGAGAGGAAAGACUGCGUCUCCUCGCCGUCUGAGCCGAAAACACAGACGGUGGAAGACCACCAUGAAGAAACGGGAGAGGACGAGUGUGACAGAGUGAACAACACUGGGGACAGUUGUCAGCAGAAGGAUGAUCUGGAGGAGAUAAAAAAAGAGGAGGUGGAGCAACAUGUGGCAGAGACGGUCGACGAAAAGAAAGGAAGCACUUUAGGAAAAGUGGACACAAAAUCGAGCAGCUCUACUUCACCCCCCAAAGUAGACAAAGAGGACCAUCAGGGGGAAGGGGUCAACGGUAGGUUGUUGACCCAAGUGAGGGUGAAGGGGUCGGAGGAGAAGAAGGCGCCGCUGGAGGAAGCGUCCUCCGAGCUCCAGAAGGAAGGAAUCAGGUUGAAGAUCAAGAUCCCCCCCCACCGGAGAAACAAACUAAGGGCGAAAGGAGGCAAGGAGGAGGACAUAGGCAGGGAGCAAAAGGUGCAGGAGGAAGGGAGGCCGCUGAGGAGAUCUGCCCGGAUAUGCAGAUCAUCUGCUUUACCAACCUGCAGGCCAAGCUCGAAGGUGGCCGAGAGCCAGAGAAAGAAACUGCAUGGAAAAAAGGCGGCACCUGUUACAGCCAGGGAAGAGGAGGAGGAGGAGGAGGAGGAGGAGGAGGAGGAAGAAGACGAUGAAGAGGAGCAAAGUUCAGCUGCAGCGAAAGAUAGAAUAGCUGAACCUCUUGGGCUAAUUAAGAAACCGAGGGGGAAACGAAGGCACAAACGCCAUCGAUGGUCAAAUAUACGCACAAAGAGACGCAAAGUCAAUGAGGAGGAAGAGUUGGAGGACAGGGGUCAGAAACGAGGAGUGGAGAAGGGGGAAGAAGGGAGCGGCUCGGAGGACGAGUCAUGUAAAUCCGAGGAGAUUCCCACUGAGGACGCCUGCUUUCACUGCGGCCUGCCCAACCACCCUGAACUGAUCCUGCUGUGCGACUCGUGUGACAGCGGAUACCACACCGCCUGUCUGCGGCCGCCGCUCAUGCUCAUCCCCGACGGAGAGUGGUUCUGUCCACCGUGCCAACAUAAACUGCUUUGCGAGAAACUGGAGGAGCAGCUGCUGAAUCUGGACAGCGCUCUGAAGAAAAGGGACAGAGCGGAGAGGAGGAGGGAGAGGUUAGUGUACGUGGGGAUCAGUGUGGAGAACAUCAUUCCUGAGGGAGACGAGGAAGAGGAGGAAGAGAAGUCUGCAAAGAAGAAAGAUUCCAAAAAGAGCAAAAAUCUGGGGCGGAGAUCAACCAGGACGAGGAAGCACAUCAGCUACAGGUUUGAUGACUUUGAUGACGCGAUUGAUGAGGCCAUAGAGGAGGACAUUGGUGACAUCUGUGCAGAAGCAGAGAGGGGUCAAGACAUCACCUCCGCCCCGCCAGGAGACGGGAAAGGGAGCCAGCGGCCAAUCAGAAGCCAGUCUCGUUCUGCCAGGAACAGGAAGAAGCGGAGAUUGAACGACCUGGAGAGCGACAGCACGGCGGCGGAGAGCGAAGACGAGUUUAUGCUCAGUAACAGCUCAGAGGAUGAGGAGUUUGGUGCGUCAGGGGCGGAUGAUUACGAGGAUGAAGACGACGAGGGGGACGCGGGCAGCGACGUGGGCCGCUCGGACCGGGGGAACCGCCCCAGACGGAUGAUGAGAGGCGCGGUGAAACACAAACCCCGGAGGACACAACGCAGGGGCCGGAAACGACAGCGGAGAUGUUCCACCGAGGAAGAGGAUGGCGACAGCGAGGAAGAGAUGGACUCGGAUCAGUACAGCGACAUGAGUGACAGCGACGAUGACAAAAAGAGGCGGGGCCUGAGGCGGGGCAUGAACCAGCAGGUCAACUACCGGGAGACGUCCGAGUCCUCCGACAACUCCAAGUCCUCCGCCAAGAAGGAUAAAGUGAAACACCACAGGAAACCACACAAGGAGCACCUGUCGAGCGACUACAGCGACGUGGUGCCUUCCUCCAGAGAGUCUGAGGAGGACGAUUACGAGGACGACGACGACGACGACCAGAGGAGGAGAGUGAAGAAGAGGAGAAGAGAUGUGGAGGAGCUCCGGAGGAGGAGGAGGUCGGGAGAGAAGCGGAGGAGUAAAGAGGACUACGAAGGUAAAAGAGAGAAGCGGCUGAGGAGGAGACGGCUCGAGAGGGAGGUGGACAAAGACAAGCGGAGGAGGCUGACGAGGACGCGCGGGGAGGACGAGGAGGAUCUGGAGAAGAUGGGCCGGGGGAAGAGGAGAGAGAUCCUCUCGGAGCAGCGGCGCAAGCGGCUGGCGCAGAUGCUGAAGAAGCGACGGCCGUCCGACGAGGAGGACGAGGACGAGUCGGAGGACUCCGAGGAGUCGGACUCGUCGUCAGAGGAAGACCGGCCCAUCCGCAAAAGACUCAACCGAAUCGACUCGGAUGAUGAAGAGGACGAGGAGGAGGAGGAGGAGGAAGAAGACGUAAAACAGAAAAUAACGACCAAAAAGUCCUCGGCGGCGGACAGAACGGCCGACGACAGGAACGACAGCGACGCUCAGGAAAAGGAGCGGGGCCGCAGCCCGUCUCCGCCACACGGACACCAGCCCUCCAGAGGCCCGGCCAGGCUCCGGGCCGGGAGUCCUGCCGGACCCAGGGACAGUUCAAGCUCGGGGAGGCACAACGGGCCCUCGCUCCCCGGCGGAGAGGCGGAGGACGAGGACGAGGGCCAGGCGGACUCUGUAAACUCUGUCCAGAACAGUCCGCAGUCGUGAUGGCUGUGUGGCCGCGAACAACGCUCGCCUCUUUGUUUCGGUUUUCUCUCACCAACAGACCGCCUGUCAAACUGGAUACCCCCCCCCCCAUGGCAAGCCGGUUUAAUUUUUAACAGCUAGACUGGAUAUGUGUAGCAGAUAUCCGCAAUUCAAUUCUUCCUAGUCAAAAAGAGCAUUUCAGUUAUCUACAAUUGCAUUCUUCCUGUCCACAAUUGUCAUUCUGCCUGGGACAAAUGACGUCACUUUUGCCAGUCAUGUGUGUGGGGUUUCUAAUUAGAGAUAUCGACAAUUCAGUUGCAGAUAUCUGCAAUGUGAAUUACGGAUAUCUGCAACUGAAUUACGACUAGUUGUAAUUCCGGUUUCAGAUAUCUACAAUUUAGUUCUGACGGACAUAAUUCCAGUUCAAGAUAUCUUUAAUUCCCCUCAAUUCAAGAUAUCUACAUCGUCCUUUUUAGAUGUCUUAAAUUAAGUUUUGACUAGUCCAGGGGUCGGCAACCCGCGGCUUUAGAGCCGCCCUAGCGGCUCCUGGAGUUUUUUCAAAAAUGUUUGACCUUUUUUUCCUUUCUUUCUUCUUUUCCC